CACAUUCUUUCACUGGCAGACAGUGUGUGGGCGUGUUCCUCAAGGGCUGUUUCUCAGGGAACGGUGCAAUAAAACCAGGAAUUGUACUUUGACCUGUACUUUAGCUUUAGACAGGCUACUUCAGGCUAGAAAGCUGAUCAAACAGAUGGGAAGUUCUUUUCAGAGUGUGUAAAUCUUUAGAAUACACUUCUCAUAUCUAAACUCAGCUGUACUGAUGCGGUUUAAAAAGCUGUUUCUAUUUUAUUCUUAAUAGAGUUUGAGAUCUGAACUGAAGCACAAGGAGGUGCAGGUGAAAGUGAAAGCAGUUUCUACAGACACAGCAGAGAGACACCCAGCAUUGAAAACAAGACCCUGACACUCAGAAGCUGUGUGGCUCGCACCUUUUAAAAGUUGCUGGUGUGGGAUGAUCAGUAGAGAAGAUGGAAAAGAAAAAUGCAGACCAGGAAACUGUUUCAGGUGCAUCAGGAAUCCUCAGUGUUUCUCAGAGUUUUAGCAGUUUCGGCCGUGACUACAAGGGUAUAAUCCCUGCACGUGAUGCCAAGUCCAUGAGUUGGAGAAGACCUAAUCUCAGCAACCCUAAGAUUCCUGGUUUGCUGAGGAGAGUUUUCAAGGGGUCUGAUAGAAAAGCCAGACAUCAAGAGGUUGGUGAAUGGAGCCUGGAAGAGUGUCGACACUCCAUCAUGGAGCUGGCAAAGGAGCUGAACAGAGUCGUGAAGAACUCUGCCAUUCCUACCCCUGUGUCCAGUGAGGAUACGUGCAGCCUGGAAGAGUGUCGCUGCUUCAUCAUGAAAUGGGCUGACGAGUUGGACAAGCUGGUCCAGACACCAAAGCAAAGCCAGAGUGCUGGACAGGUUGAGACAAGAAAAGGAGCAGAGCUGAGAAACAAAGAGGAUCUCCCAGGACCAGAGGGGGAGGAGCUGAGUGAGGGGGCGGGACAGAACAAGGGGGAGGAGCUGAACCAAUCGGAGGAGCAAAGACUGAAGGACGGUCAUGACAUCAUCAUGCAGUGGGCAAGAGAGCUGAAGACAGUGCCAGAGAACUCUGUCUCAGCGGGGGAGGCUGUGGAACAGGGUCUUGCAGAGCUGGUGAAGGAGUGGAAACGAGGCAAGCUGAGUAACAUCUUACCCAUCAUGGAGUUCAUCAUGUGGGCCCUGAUCAAGGAGGAGGCAGACAAGGGAAUGCUGAAAUCUCUGAAUAUUGGUGCUGGGAGAUGCAUCCCUGAUUUAGUCUGGCAGUGGAUUCACAAGGCAUCAGUUGACAGUUUGAAUCUGGACCUCGAUACAGCACACCCCCGGCUCACCCUGCCUGUGGAUGAGAAACAAGUGAAAAGGAAAAGGCAGGAUCCCCAGAGAUUUGAUUACAGGCGCUGUGUGCUGGGCAAGGAGGGCUUCACCUCAGGGAGACACUACUGGGAGCUGGGGGUGGGAGAGAAUACAUUCUGGAGAUUAGGAGUCAGCAGAGAGUCUGCCCCGAAGAAGGGGAAGUUCAGCAUGACCCCCCAGCAGGGUUAUUGGACUGUGGGGUGGAGUGGAGAUGAAGAUAAAGAUGAGUUCAUUGCUCUCACUGACCCCCAGACCCCCCUCCCCCGGAGCCUGAAGCCCCAGAAGCUGGGGGUGUAUCUGGAUUAUGAGGAAGGGCAGCUCUCCUUUUACAAUGUGGAGACCAGAUCUCACAUCUACACUUUCACUGACAUGGAGUUCAAUCCCAAUGAGAAACUCUAUCCAUUCUUCUGGUCAUUGGAAUACAAAGACCUUGCACUGGUGUCCCCGGGGAAGAUGAAUGACAGCUCUUUCUUACUUCUAGUCUGGGAAGGGAUUCUUGCUGCAUCAGUUGAUGUGACUCUGGACCCUGAUACAGCACACCCCUGGCUCAUCCUGUCUGCGGAGGGGAAACGAGUGAGACUGGGAGAGACACGGCAGAGUCUCCCUGACACUCCAGAGAGAUUUGAUCUCGUGCUCUGUGUGCUGGGCAGGGAGGGGUACACCUCGGAGAGACGCUACUGGCAGGUGCAGGUGGGGGGGAAUACAGGGUGGAGAUUAGGAAUCAGCAGAGAGUCUGCCGAAAGGAAGGGGGGGUUCAGCAUGACCCCCCAGCAGGGUUACUGGACUGUGGAGUGGAGUGGAUACGGGUUCACUGCUCUCACUGACCCCGAGACCCCCCUCCCCCGGAGCCUGAAGCCCCAGAAGCUGGGGGUGUAUCUGGAUUAUGAGGAAGGGCAGCUCUCCUUUUACAAUGUGGAGACCAGAUCUCACAUCUACACUUUCACUGACAUGGAGUUCAAUCCCAAUGAGAAACUCUAUCCAUUCUUCUGUACUUGGGAUGAGAAUACAAACCUUGUGCUGGAGUCCCCUGACCCUGUCAGCGCUGCAGAUUAAACACACAUUGCUGUCUGAACCAGGAAACUAUUCAAACAGCUCAGACAAUCUCCUCUUCACUUUCACUGACACUCUCUCUGCACUCUUCUGGGCUGAUGAGAAGAAAUCCUCUCUCUUCCACCCUCUUACCCUGAGCCCCUCCUCUUUAUUUCUCUACACCCCCUUUCCUACUCUCCCUUCCUGUCUCCCUCUCUCUUUCCCCUCCACCUCUCCAUCUCCAGAUCCCUCUUUCUCUACUCUCCCUCUCUCCUCCCUGCCUUCUCUACUCUCCCUCUCUCCUCCAUCCUCUCUACUCUCCCUCUCUCCUCCCUGCGUCUCUACUCUCCCUCUCUCCUCCACCCUCUACUCUCCCUCUCUCCACCCUGCCUUCUCUACUCUCCCUCUCUCCUCCAUCCUCUACUCUCCCUCUCUCCACCCUGCCUUCUCUACUCUCCCUCUCUUCUCCAUCCUCUCUACUCUCCCUCUCUA